AUUUAACUUUUUAAAUCAAUUUUUUUGUUUUAUUAAUCAAGAACUAAAUAAUGGCAUCAGUUGAAAACCCAGAAGCUGAAUCAGAUAGAAAUGUAGAAAUAUGGAAAAUAAAAAAGUUAAUUAGAAGUUUGGAGGCUGCAAGAGGAAAUGGUACAAGUAUGAUUUCACUAAUUAUUCCACCUAAAGAUCAAAUUUCACGAGUUUCAAAAAUGUUGGCCGAUGAAUUCGGAACAGCCUCAAAUAUAAAAAGCAGAGUUAACAGGCUAUCUGUUUUGGGUGCCAUUACCUCCGUACAGAACAGACUUAAGUUAUAUAAUAAAGUUCCUCCUAAUGGUCUGGUUGUAUACUGCGGAACUAUUGUAACUAACGAGGGAAAAGAAAAGAAAGUGAAUAUAGAUUUUGAACCUUUCAAACCCAUUAAUACAUCUCUUUACUUAUGCGACAACAAAUUUCAUACAGAGGCAUUAACUGCACUACUAGAAGAUGAUAAUAAAUUUGGUUUUAUUAUUAUGGAUGGUAAUGGUGCUUUGUUUGGAACGUUGUGUGGCAAUACUCGUGAUGUGCUACAUAAGUUUACUGUGGAUUUGCCAAAAAAACAUGGUCGUGGAGGACAGUCAGCUUUGCGUUUUGCUCGUCUAAGAAUGGAAAAGCGUCAUAACUAUGUUAGAAAAGUAGCAGAAACUGCCGUUCAAAUGUUUAUUUCAAAUGAUAAAGUAAAUGUUACUGGAAUUGUAAUGGCAGGCUCUGCAGAUUUUAAAUCGGAGCUAAGUACAUCAGACAUGUUUGACCAACGACUGCAAGCUAAAAUUUUAAAAAUAGUAGAUAUUUCUUAUGGUGGUGAAAACGGGUUCAAUCAAGCAAUUGAACUUUCUGCAGAAGUUUUGUCAAAUGUUAAAUUCAUUCAAGAGAAAAAACUUAUUGGAAAGUACUUUGAUGAAAUUUCUCAAGACACUGGAAGAUUUUGUUUUGGUGUAGAGGAUACUAUUAAAGCUUUAGAAAUGGGAUCUGUUGAAACAUUAAUAAUAUGGGAAAAUAUGGACGUGCAGCGUGUUGUCCUCAAAAAUCCUGAAGGUAGUGUUGACGAAGUUAAAGUUUUGUUACUAAAUCCUGAACAAGAAAAAGACAGAAGUCAUUUUAUAGAUAAAGAGACAGGUUUAGAGUUAGAGGUUGUUGACAAAAUGUCACUAAUAGAAUGGUUAGCUAACAAAUACAAAUCGUUCGGUGCUCAUCUUGAAAUUGUAACAGACCGAUCACAAGAAGGUUCUCAAUUUUGUAGAGGUUUUGGUGGUAUAGGAGGUUUACUUCGUUAUAAAGUCGACUUUCAAUCUAUGGAGGCGGAUGAAUUAGAUGACUUAGAAAUUGAUGACGAUGACCUAUUUUAAAUAAAAUACUUGUUCCAAAAGUCUUAUUCAAAUAUAAAGUCCCCGUCGCUAUGGUUAUGAAGACUCAAAGAAAGCUAUCUGAUCGUAUCAGCUAUUGAAAAUAUCUUUCAUAAAAUGCUUGUAAUUUUUUGCGAGAACUAUUUAAUACAGAAUAUUGUAUAUAUUUUUCGUUAAAUAUCUAUAAUAGUUUUUGAA